AUGGAAUGUAACAAGGAUGAAGCUAGAAGGGCAAUGGAUAUCGCUGAGAGGAAAGUUUCAGAAAAUGAAUACACUGGAGCAAAGAAAUUUGUUAACAAGGCUCAGGCUUUGUAUCCUAACCUUGAUGGUUUGAAACAAGUGUUGGAUGAUGAAGCGGUGAAGAAGCAGUACAAGAAGUUAGCUCUUUUGCUUCAUCCGGACAAGAACAAGUUUAAAGCCGCAGAAGGUGCGUUUAAGCUGGUUUCACAAGCUUGGUGUUUGUUAUCUGAUAAGGUUAAGAGAAUUUCUUAUGAUAAAAAUCAAAAGAGGAAGUCGAAAGAAGCAAAGACCGUGAUGCGGAAACCACCAACAAACCCAAAAAAUCCUGCUUCUCAUAAUGGGGAUCCAAGUGCUGCCUGCUACAAGUGA